AUGCCAGACAUCACCGCUACCGCCGCCGCGCCGAUCCUUGGCAAGUCGGGGAAGCGAAUCUGCUGCUCCUGCCCAGAUACUAAGUCCGUGCGUGACUUGUGCGUCCUGAACAACGGCGAAGAGAACUGCGCCGACGUUAUUGAAGCCCACAAACAAUGCUUGCGCGCCGAAGGCUUCAAGGUCAAAUAA